UUGUGCAGAAUGACACGUGGAAGGCUUCAUCAACCAAUUUGGAGGAUAUCUACUGCAAAUACAUAAAUGCCUGUCAGCACACUGGAGUUGAUAUUGGAGAAGCUAAAAAUGUUGGAAAAGAUGUAGGCAUUGUCCAUGAGAAAACCACCAAGUCCAAGAAGAAGAAGAGUAGCGUUGAAGGCAACAAGGAUGCUACCAAAAACCAAUCGAGAGCCACCAUGAGUCAUUGUAAAAUUCUGGAAGAUCAUGUAGUUGCUGAAUCUGAAACUAAAGCAAAAAAGAAGAAAAGCAAACAUGAUAUAGCCUCAUGUGGUGAAACUGAAGAAGCAUCAUCUGCACCAAAGAAGCCUGUAGAUGAUACUAUCAAUGUGGAGGCAGAUGAAACAAAGAAAAAACCCAAGGAUAAGAAGAGAAAGAGUAAUCAACAAGAGGCAUGCACUAAAGUAAAACUGAUGACAAGAGACACUGAAAUUGGAGUUGUUCAUCCAGAUGUGGUGAAGGAAGAAAAAAGAGUUCUAAGAAAAGGAAACGAUUGUUGUCUGAUGAAAAUGAAGACCAGCCUGCCAAGAUGGAAAGUAAUCAAACUCUUGAAGAAUCUAAAGGACAAAAGAAUGAAGCUUCUAAAGAAGACAAGGUUGAUGAAAGUGGUGCACGUGGAACAUCUGAUAAACAGAUCAAUGAAUUCGGAAAUGAGAAACCAGAGAUUAAUGGAGGAGACAAAUCUGGAUCUCAGGAAUCAGUGAAAAAGCAACGUAUUGGUUCAGCAGAGCCAAAGAUGAUAAAUGCAUUUCAAAGAGUGAAAAUUGAUCAAAUGGAAUUUGCUCAUGAGAAAUUGCAAGAUAAUUCAUACUGGCGAAGGAUGGUGCGAACGUUGGAUAUGGUGCUAAAGCACAAGAAGUUCUUGGUCAAGUGAGAGGGAGGGAUUUUCGGCAUGAAAAGACAAAAAAGAAGCGUGGAAGCUAUAGAGGAGGUCAAAUAGAUCUACAUUCUCACUCGGUAAAGUUCAAUUACUCCGAUGAAAAGUGAGUGAUCUCAAAGAUAUUGCUAGGGUAAUAGUGUUCUCACAAGUGCGUUUCUUGAAACAUUGCUGCUUGCAUCAUUGAUCAAUCCUGUGCUUUUUAUGUGAGAACUUGGAUGAUCAAGAUUGAAGUAAUGUUAUGUAUCCACUAAAA